GGAAAACAAACCCGCUUCCACAAUGCCCAGGAGCGGCUGUGUGUCCCUUUGUACAACUAACAAGCUUAAAAAUCCAAAUCUAAAAUUGGAUAUUUUGCCCAACGGGAGCACAGAGCCCAGGAGAAGAACCCGGUGGCUUCAAGCGAUCCGUCGGGAGGAUGAGUUAGAGUUUGGCCACCUGUGGGAUCCAACAUCCAAACAUGUGUACGUCUGUAGUCAGCACUUCAUUACAGGCUUAAAAAAAGAGGACAUAGCCCACCCAGACUACACACCCUCGCUGUUCCCACAUAAAAAGACAAAGUCUCCCAGGUCAGUACUUCAGAGGCUGGAGAGAAGGAGGAAGCGUGAGGGUGUUCAGUCUGCCCAACCAGAAUCCCCAACAUCAGAAGCUCCCAUACCUCUUCAGGAGUUGGAGAGAAAACAACUUUAUGAAGAAUUGUAUAAUUUAAGAAGAGAAAGAGAAGGAGCGAGCUGAAGCCAUCAGAUAAUUGGAGACGUUGAAAAUGUCGGUAAACACUGAGAGAAAAUGACACUAAAUGUAAAGUCAUGACAGGCCUGUCAUGGACAGUAUUUGACACUCUUCAUCAGUACCUGGUACAGUUUAUUAAGUCACAGAAAACAUCCAAGAUGUCAACACAAGACCAGCUCUUUAUUACUCUGGUGAAACUGCGGCAGAACCCCUCAACCGAUAUGAUGUGUGGAAUAUUUGACCUGGCACAUAGCACUUUCCUGGAUAUAUUCUCCCAAUGGUUGGAUUUGAUGUACGCCAACAUUUCUUUUUUGAUUAAAUGGCCUGAUAGAGAGUGUAUCAGAAGCACAGUACCAGCAGAGGUUCUCUUCCAGUACCCUAGAGUGACUGCAAUUAUCGACUGCUUUGAGAUCAGAAUUGAACACUCAAAGAAGCUGAAAACAAGAGCUAUCACCUACUCAAAAUACAAAAACUGGACAACAGUGAAGUAUUUCAUUGCAUGUCACCCAUCUGGCUCAAUCACAUAUCUCUCCAAAGGCUGGGGAGGGAGGACUUCAGAUGUGCAUAUUGUAAGGAACUCAGACUUCUUAUCUCAGAAGUUCCACCAUGCAGGAGAUCAGAUUUUAGCCGACAGGGGCUUCACUUUGAAGGAUGACUUUGCUGUUCUGGGUGCACAGCUCAUCACACCGUCUUUGACGAGGGGCCGAAAACAACUGUCAGCCGAAGAUGUUGCAAAUUCAAAUUCUGUGACUUCGAACAUCAGAAUUCACAUUGGUCCCUGAACUUAUCUCAGUGCUGCUCUGCUGCUGCACACCCUGUCACCCUGCCUCUGUUGCCUGACGCUCUGCCUCUGUUGCCUGACGC